GAGGGGAAGGAAGAGGAGGAGGGGAGGAGGAGAGGAGGAGAGAAAAGAGAAGAUGCAGAAAGUCGGAAUGGUGAAAAAGGAGGAGAAGACGGAGAAGAUGGGAGGGGAAGUAUGCAAGCAGACCGGGGGGAGGGGAUUAACAAGGGGAAGGGAAGGAGAAGGAGCCGGAAAACAGGAACCGAAGAAGGUGAGCAAACUGAGAAGAGGAGAGAAAGGAAAGGAGGAGAAAAAAAUGCGGAAGGAAAACAUGGAGGACAAGGAGGAGGAGAUCGAUAAGGACGUGGGAAGGAGAAGGGGAGGAGAAAGGAAGGAGAAGGGAAGGAGAACGGAGGGAGAAGGGAGGGAGAAGGGAGGAGUAAGGAAAAGGCAACAACCGAUAGUGGAGAAGAAGGACGCGACCGCAAGUGCGGAGGAGAGGAGAAAGAGCAUUCCAUGGUUCCGCAAGUUCGAGCUCACGCUGCAGCUCCACAAUGUCAAAGAACACAAGCACCACGUAUACUUGUACUCUCGCUCAGGGGCCGCGUGCCAGGCUUGGUUGGACAACCUCUUGUCCAAGUACAGAGUGGUAGCUAACGACUUGCACACCAAGAUCAGUUGGGAUGAUCUAAAGGCGGCGUGGCACAAGCGGUUCCAAGUUGAGCCGCCUGAGAUCAAGGCUAUGGACAAGCUUAUGGUCUUCGAGCAAGGCACGCUGCCAAGUACCGACUGGAUUGUCGAGUACCGACGCUUGACGUCAGUCCCAGGCAUCCAGAUGGGCUUCAAAGCCAUCCGCCACUACUUCAUCUCAAGGUCCUGUCCGACAUUAAGUAAUGCCCUGAUGCACGUCGAGGACAUCUUGACGACAACGACAGAACUAUUUGACAAGGCCGCGCAGAUCAUCAUUACGAACAAGGAGGCGAAGAAUCUGCGUUCGUCUGUGGCAGGCCCGAGCAGGGACCAGCACCGGCCAAGAGUGGCCGUGGUUGCGGCAGCAACGCCGUUUGACCAAACCAGCGAGGCUUUCGCCGACAUCUUCGAGUCACCUACCGGUGUGGUGCCGGAUCGGCCGAUCUCUCACGAGAUCAUUCUUGAGGCCGGUGCCGUGCCGCCGAAAGGUUGCAUCUAUCGGAUGAGUGAGGAGGAGCCUGAGGUCCUCCGCGCACAACUCGACGAUUUGUUGGCCAAGGGUUGGAUCCGCCCUAACAGCUCCCCAUAUGGAGCACCAGUUCUCUUCGUCCGGAAGAAGAACAAGGAUCUACGAUUAUGUAUCGACUGCCGCAAGCUCAACGCGCAAACCGUCAAGAAUGCAGGGCCUCUCCCUCGCAUCGACGAUCUUCUUGAGCGACUGGGCGGCGCAAAGUAUUUUUCUAAGUUGGAUUUGAAAUCGGGAUAUCAUCAAAUCUCGAUCCGGUCGAACGAUCGCUACAAGUCCGCGUUCAAGACGCGGUACGGGCAUUUUGAGUGGGUGGUCAUGCCUUUUAGCCUCACCAACGCCUCGACGACCUUUCAAGCGGCAAUGACCAACGAGUUCCAUGCAAUGUUGGACCGGUUCGUGCUGGUCUACUUGGACGAUAUCCUCGUCUAUAGCCGAUCAUUGGAGGAUCAUCUUGGGCAUCUUCGACGAGUGUUGGAGACGCUCCCCCGCGCCAAGUACAAGGCCAACCGCGACAAGUGCGAAUUUGUUCGACAAGAGCUGGAAUACUUGGGCCAUUUUGUCACACCGGAGGGCAUCAGUCCGUAUUUCAGCAAGAAAGUGCCUGUCGUGCAUUCCAUCGACGAUGCGCGCAAGAAGGAGCUCCUCACCUUCGUCCACGCGCUCAAGCAGUGGCGGCACUUGCUCCUUGGUCGAAGCCAAUUUCGAUGGGUAACGGACAACAAUCCGUUGGUCUUUUACAAGACCCAAGACACCGUCAACAGCACCAUCGCUCGAUGGAUGGCUUUCAUCGACCAGUUCGACUUCUUUCCCGAUCACAUUCCCGGGAAGUCAAACCAUUUUGCGGAUGCUCUUUCACGGCGUCCGGAUCUUUGUACCGCGGUCUACUCAACCUUCGAGAUCGACGAUGACCUGCGGAACAGCUUCAUCCGCGGCUACCAAGCCGACCCCGAGUUUCGCGACAAGUACGUUAAUUGCUCCUCUCCUAAUCCGGCGCCUUCUCACUACCGGAUCCAAGAGGGGUACUUGCUUAUCCACACGCGGGGGAAGGACCUUCUUUGCGUACCGAGUGAUCCUCACUUCCGUACACGGCUUCUUGGCGAGUUCCACGAUGCUCCCCCCACCGGACACUUUGGAGUCAAUCGCACGAUUGGCCGACUUCGCCAACGAUUUUGGUGGCGCGACCUUCUUGGCGACGUCACGCGCUAUUGCGAGUCAUGCGAGGUUUGUCGACGCUGCGAAUCCCGCAACCAUCGUCCGUACGGCGAGUUACGACCAUUACCGGUCCCGUUAAGGCGAAGGGAAGCGAUUGCCAUGGACAUUACCGACCCGUUCCCCAAGCACAAGAUCGGAGUGGAUGGGAUUCUCACGGCACCGGAGUUGGCCGAGGUUCUGUACGUCGGUUGGAUUCGAACCAAGGGUUACCCCAAGGAGAUCGUCUGCGACCGCGACACCCGGUUCAUGUCCGAUUUUUGGUUGGCGCUCAUCAAGCGAUGCGGCUCAUCUCUCAAGCCCAAUUCAGCUCGCCACCCUCAGACCGAUGGCCAAACGGAGAGGGCGCACCAGACCGCACAGGUUCUCCUUCGCACUCUCAUUCGUCCUGACCAGAAGGACUGGGAUGAGCGGCUGCCGGAUGUCGAGUUGGCCUACAACUCCUCUAUCCACCCGGCUAUCGGGAUGUCGCCCUUUGAGUUCGAGCUCGGUUCGCCGGUCACUUCACCGUUGGACACUAUUACUCCACGGACGACCGAGAGCGACGACCAUCUUCUUUUCUUGCGUCGGAUGCAAGAGCUUCUUGUCAAGGCACGCGAUCAGAUGGCUAAGACGCAGCAACGCAUGAGCCAGCAGGCCAAUCACCAGCGUCUUCCUUGCCCAUUCCGCGUAGGGGAUCUCGUUUGGGUUGCCGCAGCGGAAUUCAGCCUUGAACAAGACAUCUCUCGCAAGCUCCUCCCGAAAUGGAUGGGGCAUUGGCCGAUCGUAGCACCCGCUGGGGACGCACCCGAGGGACCUUCCUUCACGAUUCAGGUGCCCGGCCAUCUGCCCGUCUACCCAGUCUUUCAUUGCUCCAAGUUGGCUCUUUACACGCCAGCGGAACAUGACGAUUUUCCCGGGAGACGUUCGCAAGACCCACCUUCCAUUGACGGUUUUCAGGAGGUCGGCGACAUCAUCUCUCAUGUGCACCAAGCGAAGUGGCAGAGCGCAAUGGCGCAAAUCCCCAGCCUUGACAAUGCUGCAAUUAAUUUGAACUCAAUCAGGGAUCAUGCGCGCAAGGAGCUAAUUGAUGCACUUGACACGAUGCGUGGGAAAAAGUUGCUUGUAUUGGAUCCGCGGUUGAGUGGUCCGUUGUCACUCAUUGCCCUCAUGUCAUUGCUUAAGGAGCAUGGAGUGGAAAACCUGUACCAUCUAUCAGACAAUCCGGUCACAGCAGAUUGUGAAAACAUUCUUUACUUAGUGAGACCUCGUAUUCGCUCUAUGAGGAUGGUAGCUGCUCAAGUUCGGCACGACUCAAAGGAGAAAAUUAGGCGACAGUACUCUGUCUUCUUCAUGCCCCGAAGAACUAUUGUCUGUGAUAAGGUUCUAGAAGAAGAGGGAGUUUUUGGAGAUGUCACAAUAAAUGAGUACACUCUAGAUCUCAUUCCAUUUGAUGAAGAUGUGCUUUCGCUUGAACUUGAACUGGCAUACAAGGAAUGCCUGGUGGAUGGUGAUCGCAGUUCACUGUACUAUGUGGCAAGAGCCUUGGCGAAGCUACAGUCGGUCUUUGGACUGAUUCCCCACGUGAAGGGGAAGGGGAAGACAGCGAAGAUGGUUUAUGACAUGAUGAUGAGGAUGCGCAGGGAGCAACUUGGGGCAGUGCCACCGGCUGGAUGGUCUGAAAUCGAUACAUUAGUCUUGUUUGACAGGCAGGUCGCGAGCGGAGUCCCAGCUAUGGCGCCAGGUAAGUCCGCCGUCCGCAGGCUGUUGAUGAAGCUCAUGCUUAUGCCCUUCAGCAUACCCGCAUGCAUUCGCGCUGCAAAGCCUUGAAUAUGUUCAUUUGCGGGCCUCGCUCUGGCCAAUGGACAACCAAUUCAAGACCAGACAACCUUUCCGUUUCUCAGAUUCUCCAACAUCUUUGCUUUGUUGUAGAAAACACUUUUCUGUACACUAGAGAUGGUACUCUUCGAAAGCAAAUCAUUGGUAUUCCAAUAGAACAAAUGCUGGCCCAGAAA